CUGCCCAUCAGUUCCAUCACAUGGCAGAGGAUGUGAACAUCACGACAACAAUCCGCGACUCUGUCGUCGAUUUAUUCAUAUAUGCCGUAUUUCCGCUGCCACUUGCCCUAUUAGUGCCCCCGCCAUGCCUUAUGGUUCACAUUCAGUUUAGCCUUAUAUAUCAAUACGUAAUCAAUACUCCCCGACAACAUCGCGUACAUCACGGGAUGAACCGGUACUGUAUUGACAAGAAUUACGGCGCGUUAAUUAUGGUUUGGGACCGACUUUUUGGUACACAUCAGACAGAGAAGGAGAAGAUUCUUUAUGGAGUGGUGUCUCCGACACCCAAAACAUACGACUCAAUGAUUUUACAGUUUGGUUACUAUCGAGACGUUUGGCAAAAGUUUUGUAAAGUUGAGGGCUUUUGUAAUAAGAUGUCGGCCCUGUUUAAGGGUCCCGGUUGGACACCCGGUAAGCCACGACUCGGAGACAUCAAUGAUGUGCCCGAAGUUGACUACACUCUACCCAAGUCAUGGGCGGCACCGCUGGAAAUAAGCCGAUGUUUGGCAUAUUUUGCUUUUGAUUAUUUUAUGAUAUACUCAGUGAAGUGGCCGAUAGGCGCGGGUCAGUACCUACUGCUCAAUAGCCUGAUGUGGAGCACACGUGUGGCUCACGUACUCUCUAUGCUAUUUUGGUUCGUGUAUUGUUGUAAACACCGCUCGAGUGAUACGAGUGCUGACAACGAGAGCACUGAAUAUACGGUCGUCGGGAAGGGUGUAAAGGAUGUCGAGAGCGAGACCUCAUCGAUGGCCCGCAGGAAUGGCUACAAAGCAAUUGGUCUUAUAUUUUGCUUAUUCUUGGCUUUGAUUCCGUUUUUGUUGGCAUUUAUGACACAUCAAGAAAGUUGUAAUAAAAUGUUUAAUGAUAUGUAUCACAUGAUCUAUUAAUGCAGAAUGUCUUAUAAGUAAAUAAGAAAUUAUUGUGUUUCUAGAAUUGAAUUGAAUUUAGUUGUACAUUUAGUGUAGACCACAGUGUGUAAUUUUGAGAGGUUAUGUCCUGCAAUAAUGUUGCAUAAUUUGUUAUCAAAUCAAAUCAUAUUUUAUUUA